UGCAAGAUCGUGCAUGGCAUGGCUCAUGUUUUGUUGUAUUUAUUUACUUUCUGUUUUCCAAAAUUAGGUACAAACUACUUUAAUUGCUAUCAAUGAGUGUAACUUUACGAUAAAUUAAAUGUUUAAGCAUUUGAAUUCUUACCAUUAACAAUGGUUGACAUAAACAAGUAUUUAGAAACUCAGCUAGCUUUAGCAAAACAACGGUGUGAACUUAAAAAUAACGAUAAAGAGAAACUAGUUUCAAGCAAAAGCAAAGCUGCUGCUGAUUUAAUAUCUAAGAAACAAGACAGGCAAUCACACAAAAGUAACCCCAACAAAAAUAGUGAGCCAGACUUUCAGAUACCAAGCACAUCCUCAGUAGUGAAGUCUGAUGACGACAGUGACUACCAACCAUCCGGCGACGAUGAAGAUGAAGUGCCACAGAAAACAGUGACUCCACAUCCUCGUCCGAGACAAAGGCAAAAUGUCAAAAAGAUCCUUGAUGAUGGUGACAAAGCUGUAUACAAUGAGAGAAUUAAAAUCUGGAGAAAUAACUUGAAAGCAGCAUGUGCAGGCCAGUUCGAGGAGAGCUCAUUAACAGCUGACAUUCAGUACAUCUGUGACGGAAACAAAGACCCCGAGGAAAUACAUGAGCUACAAAAUGGCCUGUGCAUCCCAACCUACAUAUGGAAACAGCUUUACAAGUAUCAGAGAGUAGGUGUGAAGUGGUUAUGGGAACUACACCAGAUACAAGCAGGAGGGUUGCUUGGUGAUGAGAUGGGAUUAGGGAAAACUGUUCAAAUCAUUGCAUUCCUGGCUGGACUCUCUAAGACUGAUGGUGGCGCCUGGGGUGGGCUGGGCCCGUCCAUCAUUGUAGCUCCAGCCACGGUCAUCUACCAGUGGGUCUCUCACUUCCAUUACUGGUGUCCACAUCUGAGGGUGGCAGUUCUACACCAUUCUGGCUCUCACGGAGGCAAUCACCAUAAAUUAAUCAGAGAUAUUCAUGAAUCUCAUGGAAUUUUGUUGAUAACCUAUGCUGGCAUAGUCAAGUAUAGCAAAGAUCUGCUUUCACAAAGAUGGCAUUACAUCAUACUGGAUGAAGGACACAAAAUAAGGAACCCUGACACACAAGUGAGCAAGUUUGUGAAGAAGUUUCAGACUCCUCACAAAUUGUUGAUAACUGGAUCUCCUAUGCAAAAUAGUUUGCAGGAGCUGUGGUCUCUCUUUGACUUCAUGAGGCCAGGACUGCUUGGUACACAUGCAGCUUUUAUGGACCACUUUGCUUUGCCCAUCACUCAGGGUGGGUAUGCAAAUGCUACAGAAAUACAAGAGGCCACAGCUCUAGAAAUUGCUAUAGCAUUAAAGAACAUGAUUACCCCUUACAUGUUGAGGAGAACCAAAGCAGAGGUUCAGGAGCAUAUAAAGCUUCCAGAGAAAAGUGAGCAAGUGUUGUUUUGUGCCCUGAGCCAGGAACAGAGAGACCUAUACAUGGGAUACCUGAUGAGUGGAACAGUCAGGAGUAUUCUAGACAAAGAAAGCAGAUAUGGUGACCCUCUCAGAGCCAGAAUACUUGUAGCUUUAUGUACAUUAAGAAAGAUAUGCAACCACCCAGACCUCUACUUGUAUGAAGCUCAAGAAGAAUUAGAGGAAAUUGAUGAAGAUAAAUUUGGUUACUGGAAAAGAUCUGGUAAAAUGACUGUUGUGCAUUCACUUUUGAAGAUCUGGCAAAAACAAGGCCACAGAGCUCUAAUAUUCUCACAGUCUCGGGCAAUGCUGUGUAUACUAGAGCAAUUCCUACAACAGCAAGAUUACAAAUAUUUAAGAAUGGAUGGUACUGUCAGUGUUGGCCUUAGACAAAAUAUUAUAAAAACUUUCAAUGAAAAUUCAGAAUACUUAGUAUUCCUGGCUACUACAAGAGUAGGAGGCCUUGGUGUUAACUUGACUGGUGCUGACAGGGUUAUAAUCUUUGACCCUGAUUGGAACCCAGCUACUGACAGCCAGGCGAAAGAGAGAGCCUGGAGAAUUGGCCAGCUAAGAAAUGUUACAGUCUACAGGCUUAUUUCUGCUGGCACCAUUGAGGAAAAAAUAUAUCAAAGACAAGUAUUUAAACACUUACUCAGUAAUAAGGUGUUAGUAGAUCCCAAUCAAAAGAAUGUCCUAACAACAAGCACACUGCAGGGGCUAUUUACACUUGAAGAUUUAAACUGUGAUGGAGAUACAGAGACUUCUUCACUUUUUAAACAUACUAAAGUUAUUCUCGACAAAAAAACUAAAGAUAAAAAGGAACAAAAAGACAGUGAAUCCAUGUCAUAUUCUCAAAAGAAGAAACUGGAUGCAAUGAGAAAAAUGGCAAAGGCAAUAAGUAAAAAGAUUGCUGCAAAUGUUAAAAAUAAAAGCAAUGAUAUAGAUCCUAGAGAGGAAUACAAGAAAAAGAGGGAAUUGCAAUUAAAUCCACCAGUAAUAGAAGAGCCUGAAGUAAACUUAGUUGAUGAUAAAGAAACUAAUGUCCCAUUUGACAAGGUCAUCUCAGAAAUAGAUAUCAUAAAUAUGCAUUCCAAGAAAGACUAUGAGGAAAACUUAAUAAAUGAGGUAUUGAAAGCUCAGGAACAAGCAAAAAUCGAUAGUGUACCUUCAACAUCAACAGAUGACGUUCAGCAUGAAACAAUUAUAGAUGAUGUAAUGGAUAUUGUAGAUGAUGAAAAUGAAACAAUUACUCAGCCAGACCCAAAACAAAGUUCUAAAACUGAUAUGAUUAAAACUGGUGAAAAAGAAACAGAUAGUAAUAAAAAAGCUUCUAAAAGAAAAAUAGAAUCUCCUGAACCAGAAAUAGAUAACUUAGUAGCUGUAAAAAAAGUGAAGAAAAAGAAGCAUAAACAUGAGAAGAAUGUUAAAAGCAGUGAUGAUGAUUACGUUUUAAGUAAAUUGUUUGCUAAAUCAACAGUUAAGAAUGCCUUACAGCAUGAUGUUGUAGUUGGACUUGCAGAAAAGGAGAAGAGAUACCGAGUGAAAGAGGAGGCAACAAGAAAAGCAAGGGAAGCAGUUCGCGCUGUAAAAUUUUCCUCCAAGUAAACCACCGAAGGAGUAUUUUUGUUAAUCAAGUAUAAUAAUACAUUUACUAUAAUUAUCUUAAGGUUUAUCUUUAAUAAAAAUAUAUUGCCUUAUGGA